AUACCGAAGAAAAAGUCCAGAUAACAUGUGGAAGCCUCCGCACACCACACCUGGUCUACUCCAAGAGCGUCAUGCCCAUGAUCCUUGGAGGGUAUUGGUGAUAUGUAUGCUCCUAAAUCGGACAACUGGUUUUCAGGCUAGAAGGGUUAUAUCGAAUCUCUUUACUCUUUGUCCUGAUGCAAAGACAGCAACUGAGGUUGCCAAAGAGGAAAUAGAAAAGAUUAUAAAAACUCUAGGUCUACAAAAGAAGAGGGCUUCGAUGAUACAACGCUUGUCUCGGGAGUAUAUGGGGGAAAGCUGGACCCAUGUGACUCAGCUGCAUGGUGUUGGCAAGAAAGUGGGACCAGGUAAGGCCUAAUGAUCAUAUGCUAAAUCAUUACUGGAAAUUUCUCAAAGAUAGAGAGAGAAA